AUGGAACAGGAAACGAGAAGUGAAUCGCCCAUAGACACUAAUAGACAAGAGCAAUCUACAAAAACCUCGUUUUUGAUUGAAGACAUUUUGUACAGAGGACAGCAAAAUAGAAAUUUGAAGACUCCUGUAGCAGACACUAGGCGGAAUUUUGAAUAUGAAAGACCGGAUCCGAAGCCCUAUUUCCCUGUACCAAAUGAAAUAAGGCCUCACGUGCCCAGAGAAGGGUCGUACCUUCAGGUCGCGAUGGGGGCACUUGGAGCUUACCUACAUACGCCUAAUACUUAUAAAACUGUGGAAGCGCCGUAUUUUUUGUCACAAGGGGUCCCGUACCACGCGUUGUUCACACCCUCCGAGCUGUCACUCUCGGCACUCAAGCACUGUCGCCGGAGGAAGGCGAGGACCGUGUUCUCCGACCCUCAGCUCACUGGUCUAGAAAAGCGCUUCGAGUCCCAGCGCUACCUAUCAACGCCCGAGCGCGUGGAGUUAGCUGGAGCCCUCAACCUGUCUGAGACCCAGGUCAAGACCUGGUUCCAGAACAGACGGAUGAAGCACAAGAAGCAGAUGCGGAAGCAGCAGCAGCAGAGAGGGACAACAGGGAUGGAUUUCACCUCAAAACACGCGUCCCAUCUAGCAGAUAAUAGAAAGGCGGAAGACUCGAGGAUGUCCACAACUCACACGUCGGACUCAGAUUCGGAUCCCAGUGAUAGCGACAUCGACAUUGUAGGGGAGCCCAGCUACACAAGAUACCCUGGGGACACGUAGAUAAGGAUACAUCAAGGAUACCACUACUGUAUAAUCAUCAUCAUUUACUCUCCACUGCAGAAGUACGACCCACGUCUGCGGGUCCACGGGUCUGCGGGUGUCUAUGGGCGACGGUAAUCACUUACCAUCAGGUGAUCCGUCUACUCGUUUGCCUCCUAUCACAUAAAAAAAAACCCUAUCAUUUACUAGGAAAUUCAGCAUUUGACUUACACUUGGAU